AAGGAUGGAAGAGGGGCAUGACAGUCGGCACGAUCUGCGUUGUAGCCGUUGCUCCAUUGCGCCGAAGCGAUAUAAGAAGACGGAGUCUUCGUUCGUGGGCCGGUUUCUGAAGUUGUGCUCGAGAUACUCUUGACCUUGAAAGAUACAUCAACAUGCCAGGCGCUACGAACGGUACGAACGGCGUGAACGCACACUCUGGGUCGGCACUCUGCAGUGUCGACGAGUUUGUGUCCAACGAAUAUGACUACCUCGUCGUAGGCGGCGGCACCGCAGGCCUCUGCGUAGCAGCACGUCUGACCGAGAACCCCGAUGUCAAGGUCGGCGUGAUUGAAGUCGGCAAGAACCUCAUGGACGAUCCUCAGGUGUUCACGCCAGGUCUCUACCCAACGCUCAUCGGCAGGGAGAAGUACGACUUCUGCUAUGUCUCAGAAGAGGUUCCGACAGCUGGCAACAAGAAGUACUCCAUGCCUCGUGGCAGAAUGCUCGGUGGAUCAUCAGCUAUAAAUUACUUAAUGUAUGUGCGAGGAUCGAAGGGGGACUACGACGGCUGGGCCUCGUUGGGCAAUGAGGGUUGGGGAUGGGAUGAUAUGGUCCCAUACUUCAAACAACACCAGACUCUCGAUCCAUCGGAGAAGGAGCCUCCCAGCGCACAGUACAUGCCCACGGGAGCGAAAGAGGAGUAUCACGGCACAGACGGACCCAUACACACCUCGUUCAACGACUACUAUGAGCCAUUUGAGUACGACUUCUGCGAGGCAUGUUACGAAGUCGGCGGCGCCGAAAGGACCCUUCAUGACGCCUGGUCGGGAGACCACAUGGGCUUCUACAGCUCUCUUGCAGCCGUCAACCGUUCCGACGACCCUGGAAAGCGCAGCUACUCUGCAACGGGAUAUCUUCGACCAAACCUUGGCCGCAAGAACCUCAUGGUCUUGACCGAGGCUCACGCUAGUCGAGUCCUGCUGGACGGCAACACCGCUACCGGCGUGGAGUUCAUCCACGACGGCAAGAAGCUGCAAGUCAAGGCAUCUCGCGAAGUUAUCGUCUCGGGCGGCACGAUUGCCAGUCCACAGCUCCUGGAACUGUCCGGUAUCGGGAACCGCGAAGUCCUCGCUGCCGCUGGCGUGGAAUGCCUUAUCGAGAACGAGCGGGUGGGGUUCAACUUUCAAGAUCACGUCCUCGGCGGUAUGCUAUACGACCUCAAGGACGGCCUCAAGUCGCUCGAUGCGAUGCACGGCGUUGAGUACCAGCAGCAAAUGCAAGCCAUGUACGAGAAAACGAACAAUGGUCCACUUGGCAGUCCUGGCAUGUUGAUGGGCUUUGUAUCAUACGCCUCACUGGUCGACAAGGAGACGCUCGAUGCCACUAUUAGUGAGAUCAGGAAGAACUCCCUGGCGAAGACGGACUUUGAGAAGAGGCAGGAGGAUGUCAUCGUACGCCAGCUGUCGGAUCCGAGCUUUGCCAACAUCCAGACGUUUUGCAUCGGCGCUCAACUCGACGUCAGCAAAGGCCACGACCAGAUCGAGUUCUUCGCUGCCCCACCCGAAGGCAAGAACCGCGUCUCCCUCCUCGUCUGCCUCGAACACCCUCUCUCCCGCGGCACCGUGCACAUCAAAUCUGCCAACCCACUCGACCACCCCGUCAUCGACCCAGGCUACUUCCGCAACCCCGCCGACGCAAAAAUCAUGGCCGAGGGCAUCAAAUGGAUGGACAAAGCCGCCGCUCGUCCCGUGCUGGCCAAGAGUCUGGCGGAUCGAAUCUUGCCACCGAAAGGAGCGAGCAUUGAAAGCGAGGAGGAGCGGGUUGAGUUUGUGAAGAACCAUGUCUCGACGCAGUACCAUUUGAUUGGAACUUGUACGAUGGGAGAGGUGGUGGACGACAAGUUGAAGGUGAAAGGUGUCAAUGGGCUGCGGGUGAUUGAUGCGUCGGUGUUUGCGGGGCACGUUUCGGGGAAUAUCAUGUCGACGACGUAUGCGGUUGCGGAGAAGGGUGCUGAUCUUGUAAAGGCGGAUGAUGGUCGAUACUAG